AUGGGGAUUCAGACAAUGGGAUCUCAGAGCAAUGGCCAGCAGCAGCAAUCCCAUGCAUCACAGCCAUCUCAUUUGUCUAGCCAAAACUCAUGGUAUAGCCUUACUUUGCAUGAAAUCCAAAACCAAUUGGAGGGCAGAUUGCAGAAACCCUUGGGGAGUAUGAACCUUGAUGAGCUUCUGAAAAGUGUAUGGAGCACUGAAGCAAAUCCUUCAAUGGGGAUGGACUAUAGCGACGAGGGUGCUUCAUCCUUUGCAUCGUCGGUGCAACGCCAGGCUAGCAUGACAUUGGCCAGGGCUUUGAGUGGGAAGACCGUGGAUCAGGUGUGGAAGGAGAUUCAACUUGGACAAAGGAAGAGAUUUGGUGGUGGGCAGCAGCAGAAUAGAGAACAGGAACUUGGGGAUGUGACUUUGGAGGACUUCUUGAUACAAGCGGGGCUCUUUGCUGAAGUAUCUGUAAGCCCUUCGAUGGAUUUGGUUAUGGUCGAGGCUGAGACCCCUCAAAGUAGGACAUUUUUUGCAGCUGGUCCAACCAGGGGUUCGUCGUCUCCUCUGCCUUCACCUGGUGGGAUGCUAUCAGACGCAAGUAUGGGGUCUGGUGGUCGGAAAAGGGUUGCUUCUCCUGAUGCAAUCGAAAAGAGUAUUGAAAGGCGUUUGAAACGGAAGAUAAAGAACCGAGAGUCAGCUGCCCGUUCUAGAGCUAGAAAACAGGCUUAUUGUAAUGAGUUGGAGAGCAAGGUUUCAGGUCUCCAGGAGCAGAACCUUAAGCUCAAGAAAGAGAAGGAAUUUGAGGAGAAGUUCGCUUGUAGUCUGACAGCAGAAAACAGAUACCAGCUUAGAAGAACAAGUUCAGCAUCUGAUCUGUCCUCUUUAGGAGUUCUAUAG